UCCGCUUCUCCACCCCCGCCCUCAUUCUUUACCUUCUGCGGCUCCGCUUCUCCAUUGCAAAAAUAUUAACGCUUCCAUUUUCUCUCGAAAAAGAAAUUCAAGCUUGUCACUCUUUAUAAAUACCCUUCUCAGAUUACACCUUUUCUGCAAGAAAACCCCAUCUCUCCUUCCUUUCUUCAUCUUUUACUACUCCUUUCCACUUUCUUACAACUACUCCUGCUGGUCUUUUUGUUCUCUUUUGGGUUUAUUAUUGAAAAGAAAGAAAGCCAAAAGGGGUGAUAGUAAGAUGGGUUCUCGCAGCUCUUCUUCUUCUUCACCAUGGACUCAAAGGCAAAACAAGGAGUUCGAAAGGGCCCUGGCAAUAUUUGACAAGGAUACACCAGAGAGGUGGGAUAAUGUAGCCUCCAUGGUUGGUGGGGGUAAGUCAGCAGAGGAGGUUAAGAGACACUAUCAAAUACUCUUGGAAGAUUUGAAGUGCAUAGAGUCAGGCCACAUUCCCUUCCCCAACUAUCGGCAACCACCAAGGAACAAUAUGGACACCCCCCACCACCAACACCAACAGCAGCAGCACUUUACCAAUGGAAAAUCGUCCUCUGCUUAUACCACCUGAUCAUGAGGCAGGCAGGCGGGCGGGGAGGCUUGCUUGAUGGAGAGGGUAGUGUUGGUGGUCUAAGAAUGGAGGAAUAUCCCGCUAAUCUUGAAAGAAAGCCGCAAUGAAAGUUAAAAUGGCAGUGUGUAGUUGUUUUUAUAUUUAGUCGUGAUCUGUAAUUUCCCUUGUCCAAGUAACUCUUUGUUGGGCCUCUCACUGUAUUGUAACCUUCAGAAUAGUAGUAGUACAUGAAAUCUUUCUCUC